AACAAUUUGUCAAAACAGAGACCCAAAAAAAUCACAUCGCAAAAUUGUUCGUUCAGAUAAAACAUGGACAAGUACGUGCUCAAGAUUUACAAAACUUACCAAAAUUCUCACUUCCCUUUAUCGAAAAUGAAUGAAGGAUUAUACAAGCUAAACUUCUUCCACAAUAUACGUUUUUGCUCCGGUGACAGGAACCGUACAAAAAUGAAGGUUACUGUUGUUGGAGCUGCAGGCAAAACUGGUCAAUCCCUCUGUUUGAUGCUGAAACAGUCCCCGCUAAUCGAUGAACUGUGCGUUCACGACCUGAGACCAACUCAAGGAUUUGCUGCUGAGUUGAACCACGUGGAUACCAAUUGCAAAGUUACUUCGUUCACGGGAAAGGAAGCGCUUAGUAAUGCUCUAGAGGAUUCCAAAGUCGUCAUUGUCUUGGCCGCUUCCAAGGACUCAGACUUGCUGAGCAUCGAUGAAAUGUGGCAACCUAACGCCCCAAUCAUCAAAGAAAUAGUGUCCGAGUUCGCAAAGCAUUGCCACAAGGCAAUGUUGGCGAUUGCAACGAAUCCCGUAAACAGCCUAGUACCGUUGGCUUGUGAACAGUUGAAGAAAUUCGGGGUUUUUAAUCCAAGAACUGUUUUUGGUAUAACGUCCUUGGAUGUAGUGAGGGCCAACACGUUUGCUGCCAAAGUACAAGGCUACGAGCCCGAAUGCGUCCUUGUCCCAGUUAUAGGAGGACACAGCGAAGAAACCAUUGUACCCGUUUUGUCUCAGUCCAAACCCUGCUAUGAGUACUCGAAUGACGAAAUCGAGAACAUAACCCACAGCGUGCGCAGCGCCCACGACAACAUUCUUAAACUGAAACCGAACGAAAAUGCCCCAUUAUCCAGAGCCUUUGCGGUAGCCAGAUUUAUUAUUUCUUUAGUUAAAGGCUUGAAGGGGUAUCUGGAUAUUGUCGAGUGUGCUUAUGUUCCAUCCUGCGUUUACCCCCAGCUCAAGUAUCUCUCCACUCCAAUUGUCUUAGGAACUAAUGGCAUUGCGAAGAACUUGGGGGUACCAAAAUUGAACGACUACGAGAAUUGUUUGUUCAAAAAUGCCAUGAUGAAACUGAUUUGCGACAUUAAACGAGGCGAAGAUUUCGCCAACGAGGAUUGUAAUCGUCCCUGCGAUCCUUGCGAUCCCGAACCUAGUGCUCCUCCUUGUCCUGAAACUCCAUGUGAAGAAAGGGUUUGUUAAUUGUAACGGAAAAUGUAGUCCUUUUUUAGUUAUCUACCUUUCCUAUAAAAAUAUUUUGACUUUC